AAGUUCAAACAUACUCCAAUUGAGAACUCAAACCACACACCAACAUGAGUCUCCUAACCAAAUCUCUCUCUAUUUCUCUCCUAUCCUUGUUUCUCUCCUUCAUCCCAAUGCUUCACAUCGAAGCCCUUGCCCUUGACACAACAACUUCCCUUAGUCUUGUUAACACUAUUAAUGUUGCUGGCAACGAGACCGAUUUCCAUGCAUUGUUGGCCUUCAAGUCAAACAUUUUCCCUGAAUACCGACAGGCCUUGAGCUCAUGGAAUGAAUCUCUCUCUUUCUGCCACUGGGAAGGUGUCAAAUGCGGUCGUCGACACGAACGAGUCAUCGUUAUAGACCUCAUGUCCAGAGGUCUAGUGGGUUCUUUGUCUCCUUCUAUCGGAAACCUCAGCUUUCUACGGGAGCUUAGCCUUAGAAACAAUACUUUUACAGGUGCAAUUCCAACUAAACUCGGUAAUCUUUUUAGGUUACACAAACUGAAUUUGGGCAUUAACGGUUUUGAAGGAGAAAUUCCGACAAGCCUAUCUCGUUGCACCAAUCUCAGUUUCCUUAGUGUAGGCCAAAAUAUGCUAGUUGGAGAGCUCCCCAAAGAACUUGCUUACUCAAUGCCGAGACUUGUAUCACUCUAUGUUUCUAGUAACAAUUUGACCGGAGGGAUUCCUCCGUCGAUUGGGAAUCUUACUUCUUUGGUAAACUUUCGUGCCGCUUCCAAUCCGCUUGGAGGAAGUAUUCCAAAUGCUUUGGGUCAAUUGAACAAUUUAAGAGAACUUGGGUUGGGUGGUACUCAAAUUUCAAGUACCAUACCUCCUUCCUUAUACAACCUAUCGUUGCUAGUCGUAUUAUCAUUAGCUAAAAAUUCACUUUGGGGUAGUCUUCCGCCGAAAUUCGGUUUCAUGUUUCCUCACCUUGAGGUCCUUCAGCUAUGGGGCAACCAAUUUAAUGGCCCAAUUCCGCUUUCAAUAUCCAACUCUUCGCAGUUGGUACAGAUAGAAUUGCAAAUAAAUGAUUUCACUGGAAAAGUAAGAAACGAUUUCGGAAACUUACAAAAUCUCUUCAGGAUAUGUCUAUUUCAUAACAAUUUUGAAACUAAGGGAUCAGAUGGACUUGCAUUUCUUAGUUCUUUGACCAAUUGUAGCGACUUGGCGGUGGUAGAGUUGGGGAAUGGCCAAUUCAGAGGGGUAUUACCGAAUUCUGUGGGCAAUCUAUCAACCUCUGUCUUUUACUUGGCACUAGAAAACAAUCAAUUGUAUGGUUCUAUUCCUUCUACAAUAGGAAACCUUGUGAAUCUUGAAGUCUUAGGUUUGGAUGGUAACCUAUUCACAGGCUCAAUUCCCGGCAACAUAGGUCAUCUUUGUAAGUUGCAAGUGUUGGGCUUUUCAUUCAACAAUAUGUCGGGUACAAUUCCAGACUCUAUUGGAAAUUUGUCAUUGCUGAUUAAACUUUACUUGCAACAAAAUAGACUAGAGGGAGCCAUACCCUUAGAUCUUGGCAAUUGUCGGAAGUUAUUAACGUUGACACUAUAUGACAAUAACCUUAAUGGGAGCAUACCAAGUAAACUUUUGACAGUCUCUUCUCUAUCAAUUACAUUGGAUCUAGCUCGCAAUCGUUUGUCUGGAUCCUUGCCACUUGAGGUUGGAAACCUAAAAAAUGUAGCAGAAAUCAAUAUCUCCGAGAAUGGUUUGUCUGGUGAAAUUCCUAGGACUCUUGGUCGCUGUAGUAGCCUUGAAAACCUAGAUUUGCAUCAAAAUUUCUUUCAAGGAUCUAUUCCUUCCUCCAUGGAAUCCUUGAGAGGUAUUCAGAAUUUGGACCUUUCCGACAACAACUUAUCCGGUCAAAUUCCAACAUUUUUAGGGACAUUUGCCUUGAAGAAUCUCAAUUUGUCUUUCAAUAAUUUCGAAGGAGAGUUACCUAUGAAGGGUGUUUUUACAAAUGCAAGUGCAAUAUCAGUUGCCGGAAAUUAUAGGCUGUGUGGUGGCAUUCCUGAACUUCGACUACCUCGGUGCACCACAAAAAAAUCAAGAAAUUGGUGGUUUCUUUCACGGACGUUAGGAAUCACAGUAGCUUCCAUACUAGUUGGUGUAACUGUAGUGUCGUCUUUCAUCAUAUGUUUGUUCAAGAAGAAAAGAAAGACCAAACCUACAGUUUCGUUGUUCAAAGAUCCAUUCUUGAAAGUCUCUUAUGGAGAACUUUUCAAAGCAACUGAAGGUUUCUCUUCGACGAAUCUGCUUGGUUUUGGUAGUUUCGGCCGUGUGUAUAAAGGUGUUAUUGAACAAAACGGGGAGUUAGUUGUUGCGGUCAAAGUAUUCGACCUUCAAACUCACGGCGCUACCAAAAGUUUUAUGGCAGAGUGCGAAGCCUUAAGGAAUAUUCGACACCGAAACUUGGUGUCGAUCAUAACUGCUUGUUCUAGCAUGGAUUUUGAAGGGAAUGAAUUUAAAGCUCUGGUUUACGAGUUUAUGCCGAAUGGAAGUCUAGAUAAUUGGUUGCAUCCUAUUCCAGAAGCAAAUAAUGGGGAACGGGAGUUCGUGGGACCCGAUCUUCUACAAAGAGUAGACAUUGCCAUAGAUGUGGCUUGUGCACUUGAUUAUCUUCAUUACCAAUGCGAAACGCCAAUUAUUCACCGCGAUUUAAAGCCCAGUAAUAUCCUUCUUGAUGGUGACAUGGUUGCUCAUGUUGGAGAUUUCGGUCUAGCUAAAUUUCGUGCAGAGUUCACCACUCCAAGUACUAGUAGUUCAACUGCAAUAAAGGGAACCAUUGGAUAUGCAGCUCCAGAAUAUGGUCUCGGAAGUGAGAUGUCAGCUGGUGGAGAUGUUUAUAGUUAUGGGAUCUUGUUGUUGGAGAUGAUAACAAGAAAGAGACCUACUGACAAAAUAUUUGAGGCAGACCUUAAUCUUCAUAAGUUUGCAAGGAUUGCCUUGCCUGAACAUGUGAUAGAGAUCGUAGACCCUAUGCUCUUAACUGAGGAGACAAAUGGCAGCAAAAUGAUGGAAAAUCUGAUCUCCCUCAUCAAGAUAGGAUUGGCAUGCUCUACAGAGUCCCCAAAAGACCGAAUGAACAUAAGCACUGCGCUCCAUGAGCUUCAUCUAGUCAAGAACAAUAUUUUGAAGGUCCGAACAUCGGGGACCCGUAGCUCACACAUUUGACAAAUUUGCUCGGCAUGCUCUCGGUGAGUGUUGUCUAUGCCUUACUUGAAUUUUCGGAUGAGAAACAUGCGUGCUUUGUUUUGGCUUAGUGGUAGAACUUAUUGUUCCACAUGUGAUUUUAUGUUGCAAAUAUGGUACUAAAUGUUUACAAGGAUUUCGAACUACGUGAAGGAAAAAAAGAAGCUACUUGACGAUUUUCUAGUCCUAAAUUAACGGGUUGCCUCAAGCGUAGGGUUGAUACCGACGUAGCACAAUAUCCGGAAAGUUCGAAGUCGAAUCCACAAAAACGGUAAUGUGUGCUGACUUAAAAACUCAGAUUCUUAUAAUUUAAACAGGCUCUUAGGUAGCCACCCCUUGUCGUUUUAUUCGGAGAUUAAUUAAAAUCUAGAAAUUGAUUGUACUUUUCAAAUAAUUAAAGGAGGUACGGUCGUAGGGUUCAUAACACUUGCAACCAGUCCGGAUUAACCUGCUCCAUAAAGUGUUCUUAAAACAUUCGAUUUUAGUGAGAAAAAGAUACUCCGAAAUAUGCGAAUCCUUAUGGCCGCCGUUCACCCGUGUGCAGCGAAGAAUGGAUUUUGUACCCCCGUUACCCUGUCCACAUGGGUUCCAACGAUGCCCGGGUUUGUCUAACGAAUGUUCUUUAUCAAUCUAAAAUUGCUUUUUUUUUAUUGUUUGAAAAUAGGAGCAAUGCCCAAACUGGUCACGGCAUGCUAAUCACCCUGCGACCCUACUUACACGACUACUCACUAAUCAUUGUGCAAGAAAUAGAAGAAACCCUAGAUUGCAUCAUGUUCCUAUAGCUUAGAAUGGAAAACAAACGAAAGAUAUCGACCAAACAAAUUCCAACGAAUAACUUUUAUAAAGAACGAAAAUUAAAACGAGUUACUAGAACGCAAGUACUUAAACAAAACUCUAAAACUUCAAAGGAAAUAGCUCUGAAAGAAAAAGAACGUAAUUAAAAAAAACCUGCUACUCAUAAAAUCCGAACUUCUCCUUUUAUAAGCCACGUCUGCCGUCCCACUUAAAACCCUAUUGGCCCCCAUUAUUAUUAGGCCUAAUUAGAAAACCCAGCA